AUGUGGUUCUCGCGAUCGAAGCGAUCAAUAUUUCCUCUGCUACCACCAUAUGGCGCCCACAAUCCCCAAGAUGGCCGAAUCAUUCCCUUACACCCUGACGGUCUUACGCCCUAUCUUGGGCUCCGAGCACGACUAUCCCAAGUAUGGAUCAAUCGCUGGACGAUCCUGAUCCUACUCAUUCUUGUUCGUCUUAUACUAGCCGUGGGUACCAUCCGCUCCGACAUGGCCAGUGCAAAGCGUGAGGCUCUCUCUGCAUGUACCAGCGUAGAGUCUGUUGGGAGUGCGAUGGCAUCCAUGCCGCAUUACCUCGCUCAAGGAGUUAACGAACUCGUUGCGGACUCGGUGACUGAUGCUGUCGCUGCACUUGUCGAAAUGCUGGACCUGGCAAUCACAGCGACCGAAGAACUUAUCCUUUUCGUGGUUAAGAUGAUGUACCAGACUUAUCUCUGUCUCAUUACUCUGGCUGUGCAUGUCGUGGUAGAUGUGGCCGUGGAUCUGAUCGAGGAUGUCGUCAGUGCGGUCAAUGAGACGAUCCAAGAUGUUGAGAAGGGUGUCAAGGAUGCUGUUUCAACAUUUGAAAAUGGUCUUGACGACAUCAUUGACGAUGUUAAUGACCUUGGUUUCAAUAUUCCCACGCUCAACUUGACCAGCUGGCUUAGUGACCUAGACGACUGGUCCAUUCCUUCAAGCGUCACAAAGGAUCUGGAUGCACUCAACAACUCGAUUCCAAGUUUCAGCACAGUUGAGAAAGUCACCGAAAGCAUCAUCGAGUCACCAUUUGAAGAUGUCAAAAAGCUCCUGGACAAUGCCUUCGGAAGUUACAAAUUCGACAGCUCUCUUCUCGAUGUCCCAGGAAAGAAAAAACUGACGUUUUGCGACGACAACGAUGGAAUUGACAAUUUCUUCAACGGAGUAACCGACGUGGUCCUCUUAGCUCGAAAAAUCUUCAUCAUCGUCCUCGUGAUCGCAGCCGUGCUAGCCUGCAUCCCGAGCGCCUGGCAGGAAAUCCGACGAUGGAGGCAUAUGAAAGAGCGAUCACAGCUAGUCCGACGGGAAGCCCACGAUCCUAUGGAUGUUGUUUAUAUCGUUUCCCGACCACACACAUCUGCGAUGGGGAUUCGGGCUGCAAGCCGGUUUAGCAAUAGUCGUCGACAGACACUGGUUCGUUGGGCAGUUGCAUAUGCAACUUCACUUCCAGCACUAUUUGUUCUUGCACUUGCCGUCGCCUCGUUACUCGCCUGCUUGUUUCAGUGGAUUAUAAUUCAUGAGAUUUCCAAGGAGGUACCCGCUCUCAGUGCUGAGGUGGGCCAGUUUGCCGAGAAGGUCGUUGGCGCAUUGCAGAAUGCCUCGAUUGAGUGGGCUGAUACGGCGAAUGGGUAUAUCAAGGAAGUUGAUAACGAUAUUAACGAUAACAUGCUUGGAUGGGUGAAUACUACCACGACUGCCAUAAAUGACACACUAAACUCCUUCGUCAAUGAGGUGGAUAGUGUUAUCAACGAUACAUUCGGAGGUACUAUCCUGGAAAAGCCAAUCGAAGAAAUCUUCAACUGUCUCAUCGGUCUCAAAGUCAAGAGUAUCGAGGAGGGACUAACUUGGGUUCAUGAUCACGCGCACGUCAACAUCACUUUUUUCCCAGACGACAUCUUCUCCAAGGGUGCAAACGAGAGUAUAGCAAACGGCACAGGCUCAGAUAGUUUCCUCUCUGAAGUCGGCGAUACGACUUCCAACGAAAUCAGCCAGGUCGUCGUAGACGCCUUGGACGUCCUGAAAGCCGCUCUGAAACAGGAGACUAUCAUUGCAGCCUGCGUUUUUGGUCUGUGGGUGAUCAUUCUAUUGAUGGGAUUUAUUCGUGCAUUGUUCUUAUGGUGGCAACGUGACAAGAACCGCGGCGAGGGAGGUGGUCAUGCCUUAGACCCUGUGCCUAAUCAUCCUCCUCCCCGAACUGAUGCCCAUGGCUUCGAUGAUGUACCCUUGACCGCUAUGCCGAAGGCGAUGUCUGGUGCUGGGGCUGCUGCCCCGGCCUAUGAGGCAGCUGUGGCUCAUUCGACUGUUGUUCAGAAUAAUCCAUUCAAUGACUCCAAUGCCAUCGACGAGAAGCAGGGAUCUGCUUCUAGGCCUGGAUUAAGAGGGAGGGCUAAUCCAUUCCAUGAUGCUCAUGCUAUCGGUGAUGAGAAACAUGGAUUUGCUGGGGAGAGAACAGCGCAACAGGUUCACUCUGAGUCUAGUUGGCGGAUGAGUAAACAUGUGGAGUAUGAUACGAAGUCAUAG